CACAAAAGAAAUAGCAGACUGAACUGGUCACUGAAUGUGAGAAGAGAGCUGUUCAGUAUUAUAGCUUAUCGGCAUUUCAGAAUGGAACGGACGAACCAGACCCAGAUCCAGAUCCAGACCCAGACCCAGACCCAGACCCAGACCACAGUAAAGGAGUUCUUCAUUGUGGGCUUCCCAGGGCUCCGCCCAGAGUACUAUAACCUGAUGGCCGCCAUCUUCUUCCUGAUUUACGUCACCACGGUGGUGGGGAACUCCCUCCUGGUGACGCUGUUCUUCACCGAGCGCCGGCUACAGAAGCCCAUGUACAUCAUCAUGGUGAGCCUGGCCCUGUCCGACAUCGGCCUGUGCACCGUAGCCCUGCCCAAAGCCAUCAGCCGCUACUGGCUAGACGACGCCAUCAUCUCCUUCGAGGUCUGCUUCUUCCAGUCCUUCCUGAUCCACUACUUUGAGACGCUCAGCUCGCUGACCAUGCUGAUCAUGUCGCUGGACCGCUUCCUGGCCAUCUGCUUCCCGCUGCGCUACCCGACGCUCAUGACCAACCGCACCAUGGGGGCGGUCAUCGCCUUCUCCUGGCUGUUCGCCGCGGUGUCGCCGGGCAUAUCCGUGGGCCGCGUCUCCCAGAUGCCCUUCUGCGGGCCCGACCGGGUCCUCCACUGCUACUGCGACAACCUGUCCACCACGCCGCUGGUGUGCGCCGACACCGAGAGGCUCCACCGCCUGUCCGUGUUCCUGGUGCCGCUCAGCUUCAUCGUGCUGUCCUACGUCAGCAUCAUCAUGGCGGUGCUGAAGAUAGCCGACGGCCCGGGCCGCCACAAGACCUUCUCCACCUGCGCCACGCAGCUGUGCCUCAUCGGCAUAUAUUACCUGCCCCGCUUCGUCAUCUACCUGUGCUGCCUGACCUCCUUCGUGUUGCUUCAACCGAACGUGCGGAUCACCCUCACCCUCUUCUAUAGCCUGUUCCCGCCCCUAGUUAACCCGCUCAUAUACUGCUACAGGACCAAGGAGAUCAAGGAGAUUCUAAACAAAUGGGGUUUUCCAGGAAACCACGUCAGUCCGAAACCUAUGCUCGAGACUGCUUUCAAGUGAAACAGGCAGUUUGAUCCAAAAUAUCAAUUCUGACAACACAAACUGUAGAACCGAAUUAAACCAAUGCUUGUUCCUCAAAUCUGUCUUACAUAUGUGUGUGUGUGUGUGUGUGUGUUGUUAACAAAUACCUUUUUUUGAGUUCAUUUUGAUGAUUGUUGAACUGGCAUAGACUGACAUAGACAUAAAUGUUCAUUCUUCAUUCUGAUUUAUUAAAUAAAUAACAUUUAUUAAAAACAUGGUUACAUACAUACAUUAAGCCAUAUUUUAGCAUUUAAAAUACAACUUAAUGCAAGUUUGCAUAAUUUUGAAGAAGAAAAAACAAGGCACUCAUCGAAAGAAAACACUGAACAAAUGUAGUUACAAUAACGCGUUUUCUGUUUUUCAUUUGUAUAUAUUUUUAAAAGCAGGCAUGUUGUACAUUCAUUUAUUAAUAAAAAAAUAACAUUUCUCUGAGUAAACUGCAUCUUUAUUGCUGAACUCUGUCUUGGUGAACGAUUAGGUGUGGGGGUCUUAAUUUAUCUGCGCACAACCAGGCAUUUUCUCUAGUGAAGGGGAU